AGUGCUCACAGAGGUUGUGGUUGUCCUGGUCUCCAUGACGACAAGGUGUUUGCAAAGAGCUGGAGAGAAGGAAGAAGGAAGUGCAUGAUCCCGCCCCACUUUGAUUCCUGCGAGAUCUUCAGAGUCGUGGGCAGCCAUCUUCUUCCUGGUAUCACAACAGGGAGCGAGAAAUGUGCAAAGAAAGAGAAAGAAGCAUCGAGAACAGAAGCAGAAAAGCCAUGGACGGAGAACAGCAGUGACUUGGGAUCCACCUGAAAGCUGGAGUGACAAGUCAGCGAUGGUGUGCUACAGGAGGUGCCUGGGCAGCCAACGAGAGACCGCACAGAAUCUGAAGGACGACAAGUGAAGAUGAGAACGUGACCCUAGACAGUGAGUCCCAAAACGUCGGCAGAAGAACCAAAGCACGCGAGACGACACAUCCCGUCAUCCUCCAGGCCACAGAUCUAAUUGGAUGCUUUUGUCAGAAUGACAGCCGAAGAUCCUGCUUCCUCUUCAACCAUGAGCAACAAUACUGCCCCCUCCAAGCUGUGCAAAUCCACCGCUGCCUCCCACCACGCUCUCCUUGGACAGAUUAGCAUCCCGGAUGGUGUUGUAGGGACUCCCAAUGAGGCUACACUGGUGGCCUUGAUGGAGCGCACCGGCUACGGCAUGGUUCAGGAAAAUGGCCAACGUAAAUACGGCCCUCCUCCCGGUUGGAACGGCCCAUCCCCGCCGAGGGGAUGCGAGAUCUUCGUGGGCAAAAUCCCAAGAGAUGUUUAUGAGGAUGAGCUGGUUCCCGUGUUCGAGUCUGUGGGACGCAUCUAUGAGAUGCGCCUGAUGAUGGACUUUGAUGGGAAGAAUCGGGGCUACGCAUUUGUGAUGUACACGGAAAAACACGAGGCCAAGCGGGCCGUGCGGGAGCUCAACAACUACGAGGUGCGCCCCGGUAGGCUCCUCGGGGUCUGCUCCUCUGUAGACAACUGCCGUCUUUUCAUUGGCGGCAUCCCCAAGACUAAAAAACGCGAGGAGAUUCUGGAGGAGGUCUCCAAGGUGACCGAGGGCGUGCUAGAUGUGAUUGUUUACGCCAGCGCUGCAGACAAGAUGAAGAACCGUGGCUUUGCCUUUGUAGAAUACGAGUCGCACCGUGCGGCCGCCAUGGCCCGCAGGAAACUGAUGCCCGGACGCAUUCAACUGUGGGGUCACCAGAUUGCGGUGGACUGGGCAGAACCAGAAAUUGAUGUGGAUGAAGAUGUCAUGGAGACAGUUAAAAUACUCUACGUCAGGAAUCUUAUGAUGGAGACCAGCGAGGAAACCAUUAAACAGGUGUUCAGUCAGUGGAACCCAGGUUGCGUAGAGAGAGUGAAGAAAAUCCGUGACUAUGCCUUUGUUCACUUCACAUCCCGUGAUGAUGCCGUGCUGGCCAUGGAUCACCUCAAUGGAACAGAAGUGGAGGGCUCCUGCAUUGAGGUCACGCUUGCCAAGCCAGUUGAUAAAGAGCAGUAUUCUCGCCAGAAGGCAUCAAAGGGGGUUUCGGCUGCUCCAGAAGCUCCUCAGCAAAACUAUGUCUAUCAGUGUGACCCUUACACAUUGGCCUACUACGGUUAUCCCUACAACACACUCAUCGGACCAAACAGGGACUACUUUGUGAAAGGAACCUCAUUGAUACAGAACAAUGCAGGUACUGUGCGAGGUCGUGGUCGCGCCGCCACAGGUAACCGUACCCCUGGUCCUCGGGGCUCGUACCUGGGGGGUUACUCUGCCGGUCGUGGCAUCUACAGCCGCUACCAUGAGGGUAAGACCAAGCUGCCCGAAAAGCCCUAUGAACUGAUGCCCAGUCUGGAGCUUGCUGCCUCCGUCAACCCAGUUGCCAUCAAACCAGGCACAAUGGCAUUGCCAACUUUGGCCGGGCAAUACCAAGUGUUCAGUGCGGCCCCUGCGGCCAAGCUUAUGGAGGAAGGCAAGGUGCACGCAGUGGAGCACCUUAUUAACCCUCUGGCCAUGCAGCACCCUGAACACACCACGGCUCCCGCCGCCACGGUUCUGCCAGUUUCCACUCCUCCACCUUUUCAGGGUCGUCCAAUCACUCCCGUCUAUGCCAUGGCCCACAAUGUGCCGCGCAUCCAGGCAGCCGGUGGCCUGUACGGCGCAGGCUACGUCCCCAUCACAAACUAUGCGGCCAACACAGCCGCCCUGGCCGCCCUGCAAAAGAACGCAGCAGUCGCGGCCGCGGCGUACGGAGGCUACGCCGGUUACGCCAUGCCGCAGGGCUUCCCGGCCACAGCCUUCCAGCUGCCCAUCCACGACGUCUACCAGUAUUGAUGUGUGGUGGCUCGGCCGGCGUGAAGUAAACACCAGCGUCAUUCUGCCUGUGACUGAUCCGCCGCUGUGACUUCUCGACAGCGUGCAUUUAAAGUACAUACCUGUGGACUCAGGUACUCUCUGAGCAGACCCAAAGUCGCUCGAAGAAAACAAUUAUGAGCACACAUGGUGGAACCGUGUGCCCCACCUAUUGGCCUCGUUUCAUCUUAAACCAAGGCGAUUAAUGACACACUUAAUUAUGCAAAUUAGAUGGGGCAAUCUGCUGAUGGAGGAAGUUCUGUGCGGAGGCACCCUUCUCUCAACUGUGAGCAAAACUAACAAAAACAACGCCACCUUGUCACUGACCCACGGCCACAUCAUCAGGUUGCUAUGGCAACAAAACCCUGAAGGUACAUUCAAGUAUUUAUGAAGAGAAGACAUAUAUUUAAGGUUCUAUUACUGUAGGUUUAGCUUUGUAUUUUAGGGGGUGAAAAUAACCUUUUUAAGUAAAAGUGGGGGAAGAAAAGUUCAGGACUACUGACAUGAAAGGAUACCACUGAAGCCGGCUGUUUUGCAUAUACCACUAGUAUAUUUUAGUAUUCUUUUCUUGUUGAGUGCUAUCGCUGACCGUCCAUGUUGAUUGAAUGUUUAUGCUUCAAACACAUAUGCCUGUUUGGUACUUAUUUGGCUCAUUUAGUUCUAUUUGUGUUCUUUUCAAAUGAAGGUUUUCAAACGGUUUAACGGCCUAUAACUAGUUUGCUCGUUUCAGUGUCGCUGCUUGAACUAUUUGAACUCGCUUUGUGCUUGAUUUGAAGAAAAGUCCCCUGUUUUUUUUUUUUUUUACAGAUGAUAAGCAAACAUAGCAGGGUUUUUUAAUGUAUAAAAAUGGCGACAUCACGUAUAUGUUUUAUCUUAGUGGGGACUAAGACUGAAUUUUAGAAUUAAUGUUUGACUCGUGAAAGGUGAACAAAUAUGCAAAGAGGAUGGAGGCCUUUUCUCUAUGGACAUUAGCGGAUACCUACUGACCUUAUGUACACUGCAGUCUGAGAAUAUUAAAACGAGGCUUCACCAUGGUGCCUUACACAUACUUUUUAUGCCACCCUGCUCUGUUUUUUUGUUUGUUUUUUUAAAUCUUCCACUGUGCCUUUCAUAAUAAAAUCUAAAGUGGAAAGAUUCUUAAAUGGUUCCGGAUUUAUAUGACUCACAGGUCUGGUGAAUUUGCGGUGUUGCAAUAUUGGGUUAACAUGACAAGGCUACCUCCACCAUGCAAAAUACUAUCUUCAUUUCUUUAUUCUCCUUUAAACUAUGGGAACAGACAAAGAGAUAUACUCGGGCUACUACAAAAAAUGCUGGGUUGUUUUCCCAGCCCACUUGCUGUGUAGCUGUGGAUUUUGAGCACACUGGGUUACUUUUACCCAAGGUUGCGUAUUUUGACUCUUGGUAGCUUUAACUCAUUCGUAUGUACUUCUUGCCCCAUGUUGGAUCAAAAUCUUGACCAAUAUUCUUUGGAAAAUAGCCUAGCAUUGCCUCAGUUUCUUUUGGACCCAAUGCUGGGUUUGCUAUUUUACCCACUUUGGGUUAUUUUUAAGAGUGCCGAGCCAGUUCUCCAUGGUUACAAUGACGAAUGUUUUAAUAGGCACUUUUAAAAAUAAAUUCUGCACGUGGGAUCUCAAACUGGAAACAACUGGAGCAAUGCAGACCUAGUGCUGACCUAAAAUACGAGUUUUCAGUCCCGCCAGCUCACAGUGGUAAACAACCACAUGACAGAACAGCCAUUUUGACCGGAGUGCAUUAUCUCAACUGUUUAUUGUUAUUAUUAUUAUGAAGGACAGCUUAUCAGUCUAAAUCAGGGUUUUCCAACACUUUUUCAGAUCACGACCAGUUAUGAAUUUGGCUACACCUCGGGAUCCGACCUGUACUGCCAAAAAUUUUAAUUGAUACACAUACAUUAAAGAACAGGAGACACAAGUCAAAAUCACCAUUUUAAGCCCACAACUGGUGAUGACUGCUUUUAUUAUUUUUCUUAUAUAAUGACAAAACAUUGGGAUAUAUUUAAUUAAUAUAUGCAUUACAUAUAUUGUGUAUGAAGUGAGAAGAAAAGGUCUAAUAUAUUUGAAAACUUUUCUUUAUUAACAUUGUUAGAGGUCUGAGUAACAAAAGUAGAGAUGUUUUUUUUUUUCCUUGCCAAAGUGUCCAAUAGUUUAAAGCAUUCAAGUUAUUGUAUUGUGUGAUGUUCUUUUUUGUUCUCCUUAUUUUUUACUAUUUUGAACUGGAUUAGGUGUUUUGAGUGGGUCUUUAAGCUUCAUUUUAUAAACCUGGACAACAAUUUUGCAGUGCUAAUUAACAAAAGUGUAGUUCCGUCUUGGCCAAGCUAUAAAAAGUAUGGACCAACAGCCAUUAAAACAUGUUUGAUAAAUGUCACUUCCUGGUUGUGCAUCACUCCAAACUGCUGCUUUUUUUUUUUUUCUUCUUCAUUUGCUUGCAUUUCACCCACACAACAACACCGCUCAUUGGUGUGGAGCUGCAUUACAAAGAAGCCUAGUUUAACCAUAGCGUCUGUCACCAUACAAGUUUGUGCCUUAUUGCCAACAUGUGCUUUACCUUUGUAGACCUAUGAAGACUGACUUCUAUCUGAGGGGUUGUAUUAAAAAUACAUUUUUUCUUCCUUGUUAUAUUUAUAGUAAGAAAUAGAUAAAUAAAAGCAUUUUCAAAAAUAA